ACAGACAGUGGUGUGGUACCCCAAUAUUUCAUUUUACACAAGAUAAAUUUAAGAAUGUAUCAGCUUUCUUUUGUAUUCCACUGUGGACAUUCAGAGCUGCAGAACAGUUGGCCUGAAUGUACUACCUCCAGUGACGAAAAUAGUUUUCAUUCUUCUCCUUCACUUUGCCUUUAUUUUUCAGUGUAAUUGCCUAAGUGUAUUUAAAUUUAUAAGAAUUUGUUUUAUUGCAUAAAAUUCUUACAAGGUAAAGGAAAAAUAAAUAUUCCUCCAAAAUGCAUUACAUGAAAACUAAGAAAAAGUGUUCUGCUCUUGUGGUUGGUUUCCUGGCUAUUUUUAGUGUAUGUGUUGGAUUUGUUCUCUUUAAACGUAGCCAUAAAGCUGAACCAAGUCUUCGCUUCGUGAGCAUCAUUUUUCGACAUGGUGAAAGAGCUCCUGAUAAACCGCUACCGCCAGGAUUGCAUGAAGACGCCAUAUUUUGGCCAGAGGGACUAGGAGCUCUAUUACAGAGAGGAAAAGAGAAUAUGUUCGAACUGGGACGAAGUUUGCGAUAUCGAUACGAUGGAUUCCUCUCCUCAAAAUACAUACCGGCUGAAAUUGAGGUUAUCUCCAGUGAUGUUGAUCGGUGCAUAAUGAGCGCUCAACUCUUGCCGGCUGGGCUGUAUCCACCGGAGGGAAUUCAAAAAUGGAACCCUGAUCUACCCUGGCAACCAGUUCCUGUCCAUUCUUUACCUCCUGAAUGUGACAAACUGAUAAAAGUCACCAGCCAUUGCCCGUUACUAAUGGAAGAGAGACGAAAGAGAGAGCAGAGAUGUAUAGAGACCGUCGAGGAAAAUGAGGAAUUUCUCUCCUAUCUAUCGCAAAAAACUAGUGUUGUGAUUACAAGUAACCAAAUUUCAAACUUAUUUGAACAUGUUUCGGGUAUGCAAUACCAAGAUUUUCCUCCACCAAAGUGGGCCCGAAAUCAUGAUCCAGAUAAAUGGAAGUGGUACAGAGAAGUAGACUACAUCAGAUCUUCGUCAACUACCCUAAUUAAGCUACAAUCAGGAAAUUUGAUCAAAGAUGUUUUAUCGAAAAUGAAACAAAAAACUGAUUCAGAGGCGAAAUUUUCGAGACGGCUAAAUGUGUAUUCGGGACAUGAUUUUACCUUAAUUAGCUUUUGGCAGAGCGCGAAUAUCAGUCAGGAAAUCACCGAUCAGCCUUUGAACGGAGCAGCAUUGUUGAUUGAACUGCACGAAAUCAACGACAAAUAUCGAGUGAAGAUACUAUACAGAAAACAUCCAAAGGACGAGGAUUUGUUGGUUUUAAAGACUGCAGCUUGCCAAAAUGAUUCUCCUGAAGAUGACAUGUGUGACUUCGACACUUUCUCGUCUGCGCUGCAGUCCAGCAUCUUCGCUGAUUUUAACGCAGCUUGUCAGAUCCCUAAUGAGCAGUAAUGAGCUCUGAUUUCGUAUUUCUGAUCUCGAAUGUAUAUAAGAAGUUUCGAAUCAAUCUCUUGUUAUCUAUCGAAUAAAUAAUUUCUCUUGAUAAAAAAAAAAAAAA